AUGAGCUCAAAUGGCAACGAGCAAACGAUCGCCACACUUCACACGCUCUUCAUUAUUGUGUACUUACAGGAAAUGGCGUGGGUGUCGGCGCCAUUGCUCAUCAGCGCCAACGUGUUCGUUCACGCCAUCAUUCGCCAAUUUUCCAUUGAUUCGCUGAUAUUCUCGAGUAUCAUUUUCGCAUUUUUUCUCAUCACCGGCCUUGCGCUCACAAUUUCGUUGUAUUUCGCGCACAGUGUUGCGCUCAAACAGAUUCGCCCCGCCUACUUUCUACCGUAUGCCGUCGUCAAGGCCGUUCGAAUUGUCACAAUGCUUACAUUAUCAUUCAUCAUUCUCUUCUCGCCAAAAUUGAUCAAAACCUACUUCUACGCGAGCAUCUAUGGCCUAUUCGAGACGGUCGCCGGCGCUGUCGCUUUAGAGGUCACAUGUCGAUGUAUCCGCGAGACUCGACGCAUCCAAUCGGGACGACGCCGUCAGACGCCAUCCGACGUCACACUUCCGGCGCACGUCGUCUCCAAGACGACACUGAUACACGAAGGGAUUUGA